CAGAGUGUCAGCCACGCUGCAGUCGAGACAAGUCCGUUUCUCUCUGAAAGAAAACUCAAACUGACUUCAUCAGGUCUUUCUCAACAACACAGCAGAGUCUCUGCCAAACACUGAUAUGACUGCUGAAAACUAUCUGAAAUCUGAAGAUCAGUUUCUGUGCUCCAUCUGUCUGGAUGUGUUCACUGAUCCUGUCACCACAUCAUGUGGUCACAACUUCUGCAAAAACUGCAUCAAUGAACACUGGAAUACUAAUGACCAGUACCUGUGUCCGAUGUGUAAAAAGGUUUUCAACACAAAACCUGAGCUGCUCAUCAAUACUUUCAUCUCUGGGAUGGUUGCUCAGUUCAGACAGUCAGCUCAACAGAAAGCCAGCAGCAGCAGCUCAGAGCAACAAGUGUCCAAACCAGGAGAAGUUCCCUGUGACGUCUGCACUGGAACCAAACUGAAGGCCCUGAAGUCCUGCCUGGUGUGUCUGGUCUCCUACUGUGAGACUCACCUGGAGCCUCAUCUGAUAAUGUCAGGUCUGAAAAGACAUCAGCUGAUCGACCCUGUGGAGAACCUGGAAGGCAGGAUGUGUACAAAGCACGAUAAACCUCUGGAGCUGUUCUGUAAGACCGACCAGACAUGUGUCUGCAUGCUCUGCACUGUUUUAGACCACAAGAUGCAUGAUGUUGUUCCUCUGAAAGAAGGACAUGAAGAAAAGAAGGCAGAGCUGGGGAAGACAGAGGCUGAAAUUCAUCAGAUGAUCCAGAAGAGACGACUGAAGAUUCAGGAGAUCAAACACUCAGUCGACCUCAGUGAGGAAGAGGCAGACAGAGAGAUAGCAGAAGGUGUUCAGGUCUUCACUUCUCUGAAGGAGUCUGUUGAGAGAGGCCUGAAUGAGCUCAUCAACACGAUCAAAGAGAAGCAGAAAACAACAGAAAAACAGGCCGAAGCUUUCAUCAAAGAGCUGGAACAGGAAAUCUCUGAGCUGAUGAAGAGAAGCACUGAGGUGGAGCAGCUCUCACACUCUGAAGACCACCUCCAUCUUCUCCAGAGUGUCCAGUCCCUAAACAUCCAACAACCUCCACCCACCAAGGACUGGACAGAGGUCAACGUCCGUCAAUCAUAUGAGGGUACUGUGGUGAAAGCUGUGGCUCAGCUGGAGGAGACACUCAGUAAAGAGAUGAAGAAGUUGCUCCCUGAGUCUGAGCUGAAGAGGGUCCAGCAGUAUGCAGUGGAUUUGAGUCUUGAUCCUAAAACAGCACAUCCUCAACUCAUCCUGUCUCGUGGUAAGAAACAAGUACGUCUUGGUGAUGUGAGGAAGAAUCUCCCAGACAACCCAGAGAGAUUUUCUUAUUGUGCUUUUGUUUUAGGAAAGCAGAGUUUCUCUUCAGGCAGAUUUUACUUUGAGGUUCAAGUUAAAAGAAAGACUGAAUGGGAUUUAGGAGUGGCCAGAGAGUCGAUCGACAGGAAGGGAAACAUCACACUGAGCCCUGAGGAUGGUUACUGGACUAUAGUGUUGAGAAAUGGAAAUGAGUACUACGCUGCUGCUAACCCUUCAGUCCUUCUCUCUCUGAAGUCUCCUCCUCAGAAGGUGGGGGUGUUUGUGGAUUAUGAGGAGGGUCUGGUCUCCUUUUAUGACGUAGAUGCUGCAGCUCUUAUCUACUCCUUUACUGGCUGCUCCUUCACUGAGAAACUCUUCCCAUUAUUUAGUCCUAGACUUAAUGAUGAUGGUAAAAACUCUGCCCCUCUGAUCAUCUCUCCUGUCAGAGUAAACUAAUCACUGAUCUUGUUUUGUGUAUUGAUUUAUUUUAUUUCAGGGGAACAUAUUUACAUAUAGUUUGCAUCUUAUAUUCUACAGAAUCUGUUUAGUGUGGUGCUCGAUCUUCACACUUGAUUGAUUAUUACGUGUCCCGUUAAAUACAGAAGUCAACACAUUAAUUUGAUGCAUUAAUCUCUAACUCUGCAUCAGACCAUAUCUAUUUAAAUCUCUGUUAACCCUAUAAAUGUUUUUUUCACUUCCAAGAAAUCACUAACUAAUGUUUCUAAAGGGAAUUGGGUAAUUGUGCACACAUGUAAUUUGCAGCCACAGAAAAUAUAUUGCUGAAUAUUUCAUUAUGUCAUUAAGCUAUAUUAAAGAGUAAGGCCUAUUACAUCCCAUAGUGUCUACAGAACACAGCAUGUGCCGUUAUUAUACCGGGUAUAAAAAGUUAUUGGACGUUUCUAAUUUGUUUGGAAAGUGUUAAUUAAUGGUCACUUUGGCCAUUGUUAUUUGUUUUGUGAAUACUGUAAGAUGGUUUAUGAGUCAAAGAAAUUAGGGCUGCACGAUAUUAGGAAAAUAUCUAAUUGUGAUUAUUUUGACUGAAGAUUGCGAUAUGAUUCAUGAUA